AGAGCCCGCCAUGAUAUCGCGAUUACGUCAGCACCACGGGUAAGAACUUCUGCUACGCUUGCAAGCUUCCCUCCAACACCCUCAUUAACAUUGUUGUCCUUAUAUCCAAGAUGUCAGCGGGGCUCAAGACUGUAAUAUUGCUAUCAUUCGUGCUCGCUGUUGGAUUCCUGUUAAUCAUACUCUCAUGUGCACUAUGGGUGAAUUGGUUGCCGUUGUUAGUUGCGUUGACGUUCGUGCUUGCUCCUCUGCCCAAUGCCCUGUUUGCCCACUGCGGAGGAGACGAAUUUUCCUCAAGUGACAACGCCACGGGUGCUGUGGACCUCGGCCGCUUCCUUACUUCAAUCAUUGUUGUCACUGGAUUUGCGCUCCCCGUCGUUCUCACCCAUUCCGAGGUUCUGAAACCAGGCGCUUGUGCAAUGUCCAUCAUCGGUGGAGGACUGGUGUAUGGAACUAUAUUGGCAUAUUCGGCAGCGUUCAGACAGGAUGAUGAAUAUGACUGAGUGUUUGUACGUCUACACCUGAACGUUGCACUAUGUGGAUAUAUCUAUAUCAUUAACCUCGAAUGCCAACAAGGAUUCAAAUGGAUGUCAUCUGUGCUAUGGUAGGGAUAUACGACUACACUAUUAUGUUGGAAGUGUAAACCGUGACACGUUCUUAUUCCUCCGGUUCGAAAAUGAUAUUACUACCCUUCUUAACCGUCUCCACCAUGCGUAACACAAGCUCG